AUGGCACAGACAGCCUCGUUUGCUUCAACGUGGAAAAUCUCGUCAGCUAGCGAUGAAUACAAGCUCAGAAGGAAGAGACAGAUGCUCUUGUUUAUGGGAAGUUCUUUGUUAACUUUAGUGUCUACAAGAAUUGCAUAUAAGUCAUCCGUGAAGAGACAGUUCUUGCCGAAUUUAUUCCAAGGUAAUCACCAACCUCCCUUGAGCUACAGUUUUGUAGGCGAUGCGGCAGUUGCUGUAGGUACCGGUACUAUGUUGUGUGCUAGUGUCACAUCCAUGACUUUGUUUGGCGCCUGUUGGAUAAUGGACGUUUCCAGCUUCAAAGAAUUUUCGUGGAGAAUGAAACUGUUCAUGGGCGGAUACGAUAAGGAGAGAGAGUUGGCUAAAUUACCAGUAGACGAAGAAAGCAGGCAGAUUCAAGAGGCCUUGAACGAUAUAUUGCAGGGAAAGUAUGACGACGAAGAGUAA